UGAACACAUUGACAGGAUGUUUUCUACUACUGAUGCUGAAAAGCACAAAGGACGAAAGACUACUGAGUUUUGGGAUGUUGAUGUCAUUGAUUCUGAAGGAAUAGUCAAGCAAGCUAAAAUGAGUGUGAGGGAGACUAUGGAGUGGUCUCUUAAUGGUAGCAAGAUCAUACUGAGGUUCAAUGAGGAACUACAAGCAGUGGGAGAUGGUGCUGGCCUGUUGAGUGGCAUUCUAGGAGCGCUGGGAUCUGAUUACAGCAAAUUUCCUAUCUGUGAAAAGAGUUGGGCUAAGGUGCGGGGCAAAGACAAGGUUUAUGAUGAUUGCAUAAAGGUGGGCAUUGUCGUCGCAGGAGAUAUUCCACUUUCAGGAUAG